GCCGCCGCCGCGGCCGCCGCCUCGGGGUUGGGGCUGUUCUUCCGGGUUGGAGGCACAUCGCCGCGGCCCGAUCCCGGGUCUGCCAACGCGGCGUGGCGUUCGCUUGCAGCCCCGGGGUCGCCGGCUUGUCCCGCCUGCCGGCCCAGCAAUUCACCUUCAAGGAAUUGGUGGUUCGGAAAGUUAGGAGUGCGGAGCGACAUGGCGCAUCUACUGAAAACGGUGGCGGCUGGCUGUUCAUGUCCUUUCCUCAGCAACUUGGGGUCCUGUAAGGCUCUACCUGGGAAGAAAGCCUUUUUACGGACAUUUCAUACGCGUCAGGCACUGUGGUGUAAAUCCCCUGCAAAACCAGGAGUUCCAUAUAAGCAUUUGACAGUUGGAGUCCCCAAGGAGAUUUUCCAGAAUGAGAAGCGAGUGGCGCUGUCUCCUGCUGGUGUCCAGGCCCUGGUCAAGCAGGGCUUUAACGUCGUCGUGGAAGCAGGUGCAGGCGAGGCUUCCAAAUUCCCAGACGAUCUCUACAGAGCAGCAGGGGCCCAGAUCCAAGGGACCAAGGAAGUUCUGGCUUCGGAUCUGGUGGUCAAAGUGAGAGCCCCCAUGGUGAAUCCGACGUUAGGCGCUCACGAAGCUGACUUUUUAAAGCCGUCAGGAACUCUCAUCAGCUUCAUUUACCCAGCCCAAAACCCAGACUUGCUAAAUAAACUUUCUGAGAGGAAAACUACAGUUCUGGCAAUGGACCAGGUUCCAAGAGUCACAAUUGCUCAGGGGUACGAUGCACUCAGCUCCAUGGCCAACAUUUCUGGAUAUAAGGCUGUUGUUUUAGCAGCGAAUCAUUUCGGAAGGUUUUUUACUGGUCAGAUCACAGCUGCUGGAAAAGUGCCCCCAGCUAAGAUCCUGAUAGUUGGCGGUGGCGUUGCUGGGCUCGCUUCUGCAGGUGCAGCGAAGUCGAUGGGUGCAAUUGUCCGAGGGUUUGAUACAAGAGCGGCAGCUUUGGAGCAGUUCAAAUCUCUAGGUGCUGAACCCUUGGAGGUGGACCUGAAAGAGUCUGGUGAGGGUCAGGGAGGAUAUGCGAAGGAGAUGUCCAAAGAGUUCAUUGAAGCCGAAAUGAAGCUCUUUGCUCAGCAAUGCAAGGAGGUGGACAUCCUUAUCAGCACAGCGCUGAUCCCAGGUAAGAAAGCUCCUGUUUUAUUUAGUAAGGAAAUGAUUGAAUCAAUGAAGGAAGGCUCCGUCGUUGUGGAUUUGGCUGCCGAGGCUGGCGGAAACUUCGAAACCACUAAGCCGGGAGAACUGUAUGUUCAUAAGGGAGUUACUCACAUUGGCUACACGGACCUUCCCAGCCGGAUGGCCACCCAGGCCAGCACUCUGUACUCUAACAAUGUCACCAAACUCCUGAAGGCCGUCAGCCCCGACAAGGACAAUUUUUAUUUUGAAGUGAAGGAUGAUUUUGACUUUGGCACCAUGAGUCAUGUUAUUCGAGGAACCGUGGUGAUGAAGGAUGGCAAUGUGAUUUUCCCAGCUCCUACACCCAAAAAUAUUCCUGAAGAAGCCCCGGUAAAGCAGAAGACCGUGGCUGAACUGGACGCAGAGAAAGCAGGCACCGUCUCCAUGUACACGAAGACGCUGACGACGGCAUCCAUGUAUGCGGCAGGUCUCACAGGAAUGCUGGGGUUGGGCAUUGUGUCCCCCAGUCUGGCCUUCUCUCAGAUGGUGACCACUUUCGGCCUGGCCGGCAUCAUUGGUUACCACACAGUCUGGGGAGUGACCCCUGCUCUCCACUCGCCGCUGAUGUCUGUGACUAAUGCGAUCUCAGGACUGACUGCGGUCGGUGGGUUGGCGUUGAUGGGAGGGCAUCUUUACCCUGCCACCACGCCCCAGAGCCUUGCUGCUCUUGCUACGUUUAUAUCGUCAGUCAACAUUGCAGGUGGCUUUCUGGUGACUCAGAGAAUGUUGGACAUGUUCAAGCGACCCACGGAUCCUCCAGAGUACAACUACCUGUAUCUGCUCCCUGGUGGCGCCUUUGUGGGUGGAUAUUUAGCUGCCCUGUACAGCGGCUAUAACAUCGAAGAAAUCAUGUACCUAGGGUCAGGCCUGUGCUGCGUCGGCGCCCUUGGCGGCCUUUCCACUCAGGGAACAGCCCGGCUCGGCAACGCCCUGGGCAUGAUUGGGGUUGCAGGAGGCCUGGCAGCCACACUCGGAGGCCUGAAACCAGAUCCACAGCUGUUGGCUCAGAUGUCCGGAGCGAUGGCUAUGGGUGGCACCAUUGGAUUGGCCAUUGCGAAGCGCAUCCAGAUUUCCGACUUGCCUCAGCUGGUCGCUGCUUUCCACAGUUUAGUGGGGUUGGCAGCUGUGCUGACCUGCACGGCCGAGUACAUUGUAGAAUAUCCACAUUUUGCAAUGGAUGCAACAUCAAAUCUCACAAAGAUUGUGGCUUACCUCGGCACUUACAUUGGUGGGGUCACCUUUAGUGGGUCCCUUGUUGCCUAUGGAAAAUUACAAGGUAUCCUGAAAUCAGCCCCUCUGCUGCUACCUGGAAGGCACGCGCUCAAUGCAGGCUUGUUGGCUGCUAGCGUGGGUGGGAUCAUCCCAUUUAUGGCUGACCCCAGCUUCACCACUGGCAUUACCUGUCUGGGCUCCGUGUCCGCGCUCUCCACUCUCAUGGGCGUGACUUUGACAGCUGCUAUCGGGGGUGCCGACAUGCCCGUCGUCAUCACUGUGCUCAACAGCUACUCCGGCUGGGCUCUGUGUGCUGAGGGCUUCCUGCUCAACAACAACCUGCUGACCAUUGUGGGCGCGCUCAUUGGCUCCUCCGGUGCUAUCCUGUCCUACAUCAUGUGUGUGGCAAUGAAUCGCUCCCUGGCUAACGUGAUUCUUGGAGGCUACGGCACAACUUCAACAGCCGGCGGAAAGCCCAUGGAAAUUUCUGGCACACAUACAGAAAUCAACCUUGACAACGCAGUUGAGAUGAUACGGGAAGCUAACAGCAUUGUUAUUACUCCAGGAUAUGGUCUGUGCGCAGCCAAAGCUCAGUACCCCAUUGCUGACUUGGUGAAGAUGCUCACCGAGCAAGGCAAAAAAGUCAGGUUUGGAAUCCACCCAGUCGCGGGCCGAAUGCCUGGUCAGCUCAAUGUCCUCCUGGCUGAGGCAGGGGUGCCCUAUGACGUUGUGCUGGAAAUGGAUGAGAUCAACAGUGAUUUCCCAGACACUGAUUUGGUUCUUGUCAUUGGAGCUAACGACACUGUCAAUUCAGCAGCUCAAGAAGAUCCCAACUCUAUCAUUGCAGGCAUGCCAGUCCUUGAGGUCUGGAAGUCCAAACAGGUCAUUGUCAUGAAGAGGUCCCUGGGUGUUGGCUAUGCUGCUGUGGACAAUCCAAUCUUUUAUAAACCUAACACAGCCAUGCUUCUGGGUGAUGCCAAGAAGACAUGUGACGCUCUGCAGGCCAAAGUUCGGGAGUCCUAUCAGAAGUGAACGUCAGAGAUCCAGCUGGUGCCUUAAGUUGCAGGAACAGACAAAUAAGACAUCAGGAG